GAGUGAGAGCUGCACACGCAUGGAGUGAAGCCAUUGGAAUCCCCCUUCUCGGGGUUAGCGGUGCUCCCGUCCGGGAGCAACAUGGCGGCGUCCGUGGGGACUAGUUUUGGGGAAAGAUAGUGUUUGGUGUCGCUGUCUGGCGGUUAUUGACAUACUGGCGCUUUCCGCGACCACCCGACUUAAGGAAGCGUGUGCUGAUAGGUGGAUAGCUUUAGUGAUCGGCUGUCCUCUCUCAUCCCCAAUUACGAGCAGAGUCUGAUCAUUGACCAGCAUGAGCAAUAUCUACAUCCAGGAGCCUCCCACAAACGGGAAGGUUUUAUUGAAAACUACAGCUGGAGAUAUUGACAUAGAAUUGUGGUCCAAAGAAGCUCCUAAAGCUUGCAGAAAUUUCAUUCAGCUUUGUUUGGAAGCUUAUUACGACAACACAAUUUUUCAUCGAGUUGUCCCUGGUUUUAUAGUCCAAGGGGGAGAUCCUACUGGUACAGGGGCUGGUGGAGAGUCUAUCUAUGGAGCUCCAUUCAAGGAUGAAUUCCAUUCACGGUUGCGUUUUAAUCGGAGAGGACUGGUUGCCAUGGCAAACGCUGGUCCUCAUGAUAAUGGCAGCCAGUUUUUCUUCACACUGGGUCGAGCAGAUGAACUUAACAAUAAGCACACCAUCUUUGGAAAGAUUACAGGGGAUACAGUAUACAACAUGCUGCGGCUGACGGAAGUAGACAUUGAUGAUGAAGAAAGACCGCGUAAUCCACACAAAAUAAAAUGUUGUGAGGUGUUGUUUAAUCCUUUUGAUGACAUCAUUCCAAGAGACAUAAAAAAGCCAAAAAAAGAGAAACCAGAAGAGGAAAUAAAGAAAUUGAAACCGAAAGGCACAAAAAAUUUUAGCUUACUUUCAUUUGGAGAGGAAGCUGAGGAAGAAGAGGAGGAAGUAAAUCGAGUUAGUCAGAGCAUGAAAGGAAAAAGCAAAAGUAGUCAUGACUUGCUUAAGGAUGAUCCGCAUCUCAGCUCUGUCCCAGUUGUUGAAAGUGAAAAAGGUGAUGCAGGAGAUUCAAAUGAUGAUGGAGAAUUUGAAAGUGCAGAGCAUGACGACGGUGAUGAGAAGAACCUGAUGAAAGAAAGAAUUGCGAAAAAGUUAAAAAAGGACCCAAGUGCAAAUGUCAAAUCUACUGGAGAGGGAGAAGUGGAGAAGAAAUCAGUUACCCGCAGUGAAGAGCUCAGAAAAGAAGCAAGGCAAUUAAAGCGGGAACUCUUAGCAGCAAAACAGAAGAAAGUAGAAAAUUCAGCAAAAGAAGCAGAAAAAACAAGUGAAGAGGACGAGGCUGCUCUAGAAGGUGCUGUUGCAGAAUACAGGAGAGAAAAGCAAAAGUAUGAAACUUUGAAGAAGCAACAGUCAAAGAAAGGAACUUCCCGGGAAGAACAGACCCUUGCGUUGCUGAACCAGUUUAAAUCUAAACUCACUCAAGCAAUUGCUGAAACUCCUGAAAAUAACGUUUCUGAAACGGAAGUAGAAGAUGAUGAAGGAUGGAUGUCGCAUGUACUUCAGUUUGAGGAUAAAAGCAGAAAAGUGAAAGAUGCAAGCAUGCAAGACUCAGACACUUUUGAAAUCUAUGAUCCUCGGAACCCAGUGAAUAAAAGAAGAAGGGAAGAAAGCAAAAAGCUGAUGAGAGAGAAAAAAGAAAGAAGAUAGAAUGAGAGUAAUGAUACCAGAACUAGCUGAAAGUGCCUGCAGUAAAAGGCCUUAGAACAGUCAUCGCUCCCAACACCAUCACUUCAGGGUGUGAAAAGAAGUAUUUUUGAACCUGUUGUCUGCUUUUGGAGAACAGUUAUCUUGUUAUGUAAAUUGUGGAAUGACAUAAGCAAAUGCUUUUUGUUACCAGUACAUGCUUUUCUCCCUAAUUGACCUUUUGUAUGGCUAAAUCUGAAAUAAAAUCACUUUCCUUCCAGUUUUCAUGUUAA